CCACGCCAGCCCCCUGCCUCCUCCCCCCCCGCAGUCGGCCCGCUGACGGUGAGCUUCAGCCGGGUGCCCACGCUGGAGCAGAUCCAGGCCAAGAACCCGGCGGUGGAGGAGGGCGGCCGGUACCAGCCCUCCACCUGCGAGCCCCGCUCCCGCACCGCCGUCAUCAUCCCCCACCGCAACCGGGAGACCCACCUGGGCCACCUCCUCUACUACCUGCACCCCUUCCUGCAGCGCCAGCAGCUCCAGUACGGCAUCUACGUUGUGCACCAGGCCGGCAACUCCACCUUCAACCGGGCCAAGCUGCUGAACGUGGGGGUGAAGGAGGCACUGAAGGACGAGGAGUGGGACUGCCUCUUCCUCCACGACGUGGACCUCAUCCCCGAGAACGACCACAACCUCUACACCUGCGACCCCUGGAACCCCAAACACGUCUCCGUGGCCAUGAAUAAAUUCGGAUACAGCCUGCCCUAUCCCCAGUACUUCGGGGGGGUCUCGGCUCUCACCCCCGACCAGUACAUGAAGAUGAAUGGUUUCCCCAACGAGUACUGGGGCUGGGGCGGGGAGGACGAUGACAUCGCCACCAGGGUGCGCCUGGCCGGCAUGAAGAUCGCCCGCCCACCCAUCUCCAUCGGACACUACAAGAUGGUGAAGCACAAGAGCGACAAAGGCAACGAGGAGAACCCCCACAGGUUCGACCUGCUGAUCCGCACGCAGCGGAUGUGGACGCAGGACGGGAUGAACUCCCUCACCUACACGCUGCUGGCCAAGCACCUGCACCCGCUCUACACCAACCUCACCGUGGACAUCGGCACGGACCCCCGCGCUGGCCGGAGCCACCGGGGGCCGGUGCCGGGCCACCAGGGCCAGAGGUACCGCAGCAGCAGCAGCCUCUUCCGAGAGGAGAUGCUGCGCAAGCUGCCCCGGGAGGCCGCAGGGUGGGGGGAGCAGGGGCUGGCCCUGUCCCCCCGGUUGCCCACGGCUGCUGUGCAGCAGCCCCCGGCGGGUAACGGCACCCAGGGCGGCACCGGCUCCGCGCCGGCACCGGGGAUCACCCAGCGCAGCCCCGAGGCCACUGGGGAUGGCGAUGCCCAGCCGGGGAGCAGCACCAGUGCGCCUGUGGCACAGGAGAUGGAGAUCCUGCCUGCACGCAGGGACAACCAGAGCCUGCCCCAGGGUGGCCACUAGCCAGUGGCCACCAUGGCUCCCACACAGACUCUGCUCGCCACGACCCAGCGCUUGGGAAGGGACCCUUAGGAGCUGCAGCUGGGCUGGGCGCUCUGUGGCCUUGCUGGAGAGACUCAGGGGGGAGAAGAGAGCCCUGGGGGCAACCACAGGGGAGCUGCUGGCCAUGGGGCUAGUGGCUGUUAUGGGGGAUCACCCCCGGGAAGGGGUGCGGGGAGAGGCGGGGGCUCGUCUGGCUCUGUCUCCCCCGAGGACGGUCAAAGGCUGCGCUGCCGGCGCGCGGUUAUUUAUUCUAUUUAUGAGCUGCUCCCUGGACCUUUAUAAGGGUUUUUCAAUUAAAAAACACACACUUUGUCCUA